AUGAAUCUUCUCUUACGGCGCCAUCACAGUUCUAUCGCACCUUUCAACCUCCAAUCCACCAUCGAAUGCGACAUCAUUUCCCUCUGCAAAAGCAACCUACUUUUGGAUGCCAUACAUCUCCUAAACUCCAUUCAUUCCCAGAAAUGUUUCACCAAAAAACCAAUCCUUUACGCUAUUCUCUUACAAACAUGCACAAAGUCCAAUUCGUUCAACCAUGGCCUCCAACUACAUUCCCAUGUCAUCAAGACGGGACUCGAAACAGACCGCUUCGUCGGCAACAGCCUGCUCGCCCUUUACUUCAAACUAAGCUCCGAUUUCAUUGAAACUAAACGGGUUUUCGAUGGACUUCAUUUUAAAGAUGUUGUUUCGUGGACAUCUAUGAUUUCGGGUUUCAUACGUGUUGGAAAAUCAAGGUGUUCGCUUGAUUUGUUCAAAGAAAUGUUGGAACUUGGUGUUGAACCAAAUGGUUUCACAUUGUCUUCGGUGAUUAAAGCGUGUUCGGAGCUUGAAGACGUAAAUAUUGGUCGAGGAUUUCAUGGGGUUGUUUUUAAACGUGGGUUUGACACCAAUCAUGUAAUUGCUUGCUCGUUGGUCGAUAUGUAUGGGCGAAAUUAUGUUUCAUGUGAUGCCCGCAAGCUGUUUGAUGAAAUGCUUGAACCGGAUUCCAUUUGUUGGACUUCAGUUAUUUCCGCCUUUACAAGAAACGAUUUGUACCAAGAAGCAUUGGGGUUCUUUUUCUCAAUGAUGAGGAAGUAUGGAAUGUCAGCAGACUGCUUUACAUUUGGAUCGGUUUUGACCGCUUGUGGCAACUUAGGAAGGUUAAAGCAAGGGAAAGAAGUUCAUUCAAAGCUCAUUACCUCUGGAAUUCAUGAUAACGUGUUUGUUGACAGCAGUUUAGUCGACAUGUACGGGAAAUGUGGUUCCUUGGAUGAAUCUCAACGGGUUUUUGAUAGAAUAACCAAACGAAACUCAGUGAGUUGGUCUGCAUUGCUUGGUGGGUACUGCCAAAAGGGCGAUUUUGAUACUGUUAUUGAGCUUUUCAGGCAAAUGGAAGAGAUUGAUCUCUACAGUUUUGGAACCAUUAUUCGCGCCUGUGCAGGUUUGGCAGCCGUGAGACAAGGAAAAGAGGUUCAUUGCCAGUAUCUAAGGAAACAUGGAUAUCGAUAUGUUAUUAUAGAAUCAGCUUUAAUUGACCUAUAUGCAAAAUGUGGCUGCAUAGAUUUUGCUUCCAGACUUUUUCAACAGAUGCAGAUUAGAAAUCUGAUAACUUGGAACUCAAUAAUUAGCGGGUUUGCUCGAAACGGAAGAGGCUUAGAUGCUAUCCGGAUGUUCAAUGAUAUGAUCAAGGAGGGCAUGAAGCCUAAUAGCAUUAGUUUCAUUGGUGUCCUUUUUGCUUGUAGCCAUGCUGGUUUGGUUAACGAAGGGCGUGGAUACUUUACGUUGAUGAACAGAAAGUAUGGAAUCGAAGCUGAGAUUGCGCAUUAUAGUUGCAUGGUCGAUCUUUUAGGCCGAGCUGGGGUUACGGAAGAGGCCGAACGUUUAAUAGCGGAGUCGAGGUUUAAGGAUGAUAAAUCUCUUUGGGCAACACUUCUUGGUGCUUGUACAACCAGCACAGAUUUGACAGUUGCAGAAAGAGUUGCAAAAAAGAUGAUGGAUUUGGAUCCAAAUUAUCAUUUGAGUUAUGUUCUUUUGGCCAAUAUUUAUAGAGGGAUUGGACGAUGGAAUGAAUCAGUAGAGAUUAUUAGGGUUAUGAAAGAAAGAGGAAUUCAGAAAACGCUUGGGAAAAGCUGGAUCGAUAUAGACGUUGGAAUUAAUGCACCACAAGUAUGAUAUUUUAUUGAUAAUCCUAAUUUUUAUUAUUCAUGAUAUCAUCUCUUUAUUUUAAUUAUAGAUUUCACGUAUUAUUAUUACCAGAAGACUAC